GCAAAUAUCCAGCAAACCGGUCCAUCUCUAGUGCUGAUGUCAUUACGUCAGUCCUGCCACUUUCUGCAUCAGUCAGAACCGAACUCCAUCGAGAGAAAACUUAAAAGGAUGCAGGGGCGGACUGACAACUCAUGGGGCCCCCGGGCAAUAGGGGAUCAUGGGGCCCCUGUGUCCUUGCCCAAACUCAAAAAAGCCUAUGAAAAAGGUACCAGGGGCAUCUCAUGGGGCCCCCUACUGACCCCGGGCCCUCGGGCAGUGCCCGAGUUUCCAAAUGGUCAGUCCGCCCCUGCU